AUGACCCAGGCUCUCGCACCCACUCAGCCAGCACUCCUGCCCAGCGCUCCCUUCCAACCUAACUCACCCUCCCGAAAUACUUCGUUCGCCUCUUCGCCCACCGAGGUGGUAUCCAUCUCCCCGUCAGUAGACGAAUCUCCACCCUCAGAUUCUCUUAAAGGCAACCAUGACAAACCCAUAACCGAAUUUCCGGAAGGAGGAGCGAGAGCGUGGGCCACAGUCGUAGGGGCGUACUCGACGUCGUACGGGAUCUACCAAGGUUUGAGCUCCUUCUCUGAGCGUCCUUUCGUGUCAUUCACCCGGCCCCAGAUUACUACACGAGAGUGUACAUCAAGCAAUCCUCACCCUCAACCGUCUCGUAUGGCUUUCUUUACUUCCAGACUAAAUCCUACCUUGACAUUCCUACACAGAUGGAUAGGAAGUGUGAACACGUUCCUAGUCAUCUCUUUCGGCCUCGUCGCGGGUCGCCUCUAUGACCGAGGAUAUUUCUCUCCCGGAGAGCCUUUAUCAGGGGUCGGCCUCGGGAUUGGCGGUGGCAUGGUAUACGUGCCCAGCGUAGCUGUUGUCUCUCAUUACUUCCGCCGGCGCCUGGCCUCCGUCAUGAUGUUCGCCGUCUCCGGUUCCGCUCUUGGGGCAAUCGUACACCCUAUCAUGCUCAACAACCUUCUCAACCACACCAAUCUUGGAUUUGGCGGGUCCAUACGUGCAAGUGCGGGCCUGGUUACCGGGCUAUUGGUGGUGGCUUGCGCAUUGAUCAGGACGCGCCUUCCCCCGCCUAAAGAAUUACCCAGCAUCAGAGGGCUGUUCGCGAAGAGUGCGCGAGAGGUGCCGUUUGCGAUUAUGGCCUUAUCACUUCUAGUCUUCGCCGUCGGAUUCUUCUUCCCUCUGUUCUACAUCCAACUCAACGCGAUACAUCACGGUCUGUCCAAAGAGUUUUCUUUCUACGCUCUGGUGAUUCUCAACACUUCUAGUUUCUUCGGACGGCUCGUCCCAGGUUUCUUCGUGCGCAGACUCGGGGUGGUUAAUUCAGUCAUUAUUGCCGCGCUUUCUAGUACGGCGUUGGUCUUUGCCAUGAUCGGCCUAAGGACGGUCGCUAGCGUUGUCAUUAUCGCCACACUUGUCGGGUUCUUCCUCGGAAUGUUCAUCGCACUACAGGCCCCCCUCGUAGCCGUCCUAACCGUCGAUCCGGCCGAACUCGGGGCUAGGAUGGGAAUCGCAUUCACCUUCUCCGCCAUCGGAGCUCUCAUUGGUCCGCCAAUCAACGGCGCCCUGCUUUCAAGCGACUACAUCUGGUGGAGACCAGCUACCUUUAGCGGGGUGUGUUCUUUCCUUGGAGGCGUCGGCUUCAUCGCUAUCGCACUACACCUACGGAAAGACGGAACUUCUGAGAACGCAGCACCGAUGGAAAAGGCAGACCCCUAAUCAUGCAAUCGAAAUGCAUUCGUAAGGCAGAUCCUUUCUCUGCCCGGAAAAUCCAAUUUGAAUUUCA